UUCACUAAAUGGUCCUCGUUUAUCCACCGGGGUCCGUCCGUCUUCGGAGAGGAAGGGAGGACAGGAACCUACCCGGAUUCAGAGCGCCAGAAUCGGAUUCCAACCCUUGGAUAAAUUGCCACCGAUCGGCCCUUCCAAGUGCUCCUCGGCGGCCAGUGACCGAGGGAGUCACGAGGGUAGGACGAACUAGCUAGAAGGCCGGUAUAUACUGCUGGUUCCUCCGUCUGGUCUGCCGGGCAGAAGACGAAGUUCAUCCAGCCAGAAGAUGGGGUCCAUCCUGUGCUGCCUGCGCGGCCCCGGCGACGACGACGAGGCGCCCGGCUGCUACUGCUCGUGCCUGCCAUGGCCGUUCUCGACCAACACUCACAACCCGGGCGCCGCCGCCCGUCAUCCCAGAGCGUACACACGGGUUGCGCCGGUUCCUCACGAGGCCUCCGCCGGCGCCGGCUCGGCGCAGGAGGAUCCAUUGAACACCUUCCGCCGCCCUCCUAUGCCUUUGCCUUACGACGAUCCUCGGUUCAGACGUCAGACGGAGAAAUCUAUUCUGCUCGGAGAGAGAAGCCAUGCUGACACCAGAUCGGCUCAGGAUGGUGAUGAUGAGAAGGCUGGUGCACCGUCGUCCCUGGAGGCUCCGCCGGGAGGGGGGAAACCCGGGGGAACUCAAGUCUGUGUUGAUUAUGACGAGGAUGACUGCCCGAUAUGCCUCGAGGAGUAUGACUACGAGAAUCCGAAGAUGCUGCUGCAAUGCAACCAUGAUUUCCAUCUUGGUUGCAUUUACGAGUGGAUGGAAAGAAGCCAGGCUUGCCCGGUCUGUGCCGUGGUGAUGGUGUUCAAAGAGGACCAAUGACCAUGCUGGCUGCAAGCCUUCACACAUGCUCUAAGACCCACGACUUUAAUCGUUUGUAUUAGUUAUUUUUUUAGAGGGACUAGCAGGAGCUCUGUCUUUUCAUAUAAAAAAAGAAGAAUUAAUCAGUUAAUAAGGAAAACC